CAAGUCUGUGCCCGAGAGACAGAGAGGAGGAAAACCCAGAGGGAGGAAGCCUGACCUCAGCAAUCUCUUUUUUGCUCCCGAAGUCUUUUUCCUGUGGCCCAGCCAAGACUGCUGCUCUAAGAAGAGAUCUCCAGACUCACAGAGAAACCCCAUCUGGCUUCGGAGGCUGAGUGCUGCUCAGCCACAGCAGCUCUGAAUCCCCUCCAUGAAUCCUCGGAAGAAAGUGGACCUGAAACUCAUCAUCGUUGGAGCCAUUGGUGUGGGAAAGACCUCUCUCCUUCACCAAUAUGUGCAUAAAACGUUUUACGAGGAAUACCAGACCACGCUGGGGGCCAGCAUCCUCUCCAAGAUUAUCAUGCUGGGUGACACAACUUUGAAGCUACAGAUCUGGGACACGGGCGGUCAGGAGCGGUUCCGCUCCAUGGUGUCCACAUUCUACAAAGGCUCCGAUGGCUGUGUCCUGGCUUUCGAUGUCACCGACCUGGAGUCCUUCGAAGCCCUGGAUAUCUGGCGGGGCGAUGUUCUGGCCAAGAUUGUCCCCAUGGAGGAAUCCUACCCCAUGGUGUUGCUGGGGAACAAAAUCGAUCUGGCUGACCGGAAGGUGCCCCAGGAGGUAGCCCAAGGCUGGUGCAAGGAGAAGGAUAUUCCGUACUUUGAAGUCAGUGCCAAGAACGACAUCAACGUGGUGCAAGCCUUCGAGAUGCUGGCCAGCCGGGCUCUGUCGAGGUACCGAAGCAUCUUGGAGAAUCACCUCAUAGACUCCAUCAAGCUCUCGCCGGAACAGUCAAGGAGUAGCUGCUGCUGAGCUCCCGCUCUGGACGCCCAGAGAGAGCCAGCCUGCCCUGGGCCUGGCCGUCCCGGCUCGAGAUCAGAUGACAAACCCUUCCAGCCCUGCCGCCUGCCCAGGCUCAGCCCAGGGGCCAGAUGUGCGGCCAGAGCCCUUGGCCCUAUCGCUGGGCUUCAGGCUGAGUGUAGGGAGGGCAGGGCUGGGCCCCCAGGGGUCUGCAUGAAGCCCAGAGUGUCAUAGCCAAAUCCUGGCCUGGAGAAGUCACAAUUCCCUCAGUGGCUCCAGCUUGCUGCCACCUGCCCUCCCCAAACACGCUCCUGCUCUGGAAAGCGGAUCUCUGCAGACAGGCCACUGUCUCUAGAUAUGGUUAGAGUCUCCUGUGGACGGCCCUUCUCACUCUGUCCCACCUCCGACCCCUGUGGCCACAAGCACAGCUGUGGACAGUGGUGCCGCUCAGCCUCCCUGGGCGAUCAGGCCAAGCAGUGAGGCUCCGACACUCGUGCUGGCCCUGCCUGGACUGCAGGCAGAAGCUCGUCAGGCCCAAGACAGCCCUCUGCUCCCUCCAGGGUGCAGGACUGAGGGAACACAGGAAAAGCCACCAGGGCUCUGGCUCAUUGCUCCUUGCUGGGUGCUCAGGCAACUGACAUAAAUCUCUGAGUCUCAGUUUGUUUGUCUGUCAAAUGGGGGUGAUGUGCGCCCUGCCUGCAUUAGAGUGUGGUUUUGAGGACCAGAAGCUGUGCUUACGUCCCAGUUGCUGUUGUUGAUAUGCAUUCAUUUACUCCUUCAACAAGCACGUCUGAGUAUCUGCUAUGCACGAUGCACUGAGGUCCAGUGACAGACAAAACAGACCAGGACCCUGCCCUCCCGAGCCCAGCUCUGGUGAGGGGAGAGGCAACAGACACAGAAUUUAAGCAGAUAUUUUCAAAAAGCAGGUAAGUUCUAUGCACAAAGUGAAACACAGUAAUGGGAUAGAGAGACAAGGGCUGGGAUGAGGUGCUAUUUUGACAAAGUGAUCCAGAAGGGCUUCCCUGAGGAGGUGACAUUUGGCCUGAGGGCUAGAGAAUAAGAAGGCAGCUGCCACCUGGGAGCUGGAGGAAGAACAUUUCAAGGAGAGGGAGCAUCAAGGGCCAAGGCCUGGAGGUGAGAGGCCACGUUCCAGGAACAACAAAAGGACAUUUUUUGACAUGAGGACUCAAAGCUGCUGCCCCAGAGACAAGGCAAAGGGGACCCAGCCCCCUGGACGGCCCCCUGACGCUCUGCGGUCUGGCCAGCAGAGGGCAGCAGUGCUCUUCUCUCCCAGGCUGAGCGGCCCGUGGGGGUGGCACGGACGCCGGCGUUUUUGUCCUGCAGGUGCUCCAAGCUUGCUCCCCGGCUCAGGCCAUAUUCAGCCCUUCGAGAUUUGUGGGGCAGAGAAUUCCAAUUUCUGCAGCCUAGAAAGAAAUGAGCAAAAACUGCAACAUAUAUGAUUUGGGCAAGAAAUCAAUGUCUGUGACAAAUACUAGAACGAUGGGCCUGGAGAGCUCGUGGCGUCUCUGUCCUUCUCUGUCCCUGCAGAGUUAAGGCCACAGCCUACUUUCUCUUCUGGCUCCAGACAACAGAGGUAGGGCCCAGCCCAGAGGGGGUGGACAAGAUGUCCUUUCAGGGUCUUCAACAGCCAAGUCCCUGCCCACCACAGGGGUCUCCUGUCCACACAGGUAUCCUUUCCUGAGUUCCGAGCAGAGCUGGGAUGUUAGCUUAGGACAGCCAGUGUCAUCUGACUCUGAAGCUACGCCCAGAGGUGGGGGGCAGCAAGGGAAUUUGGGGGCCUCUUUUCCCCCCCGCCCAGCUCUGGAGCUUGAUAUGGCUUGUCCUGGGCAGCAGCAGGAAGCCGGCGUGGGAGCAGGGUGGGCCUGGAGCACACCUGUCUGUGACAGGCCCUCCUGGCAGGGGACGGUACAUGUUGCCUGUCACGUGGGCUGUCCCGGGAGUCGGCGAGACGCGACUGGACGUGUCCUGCAUGGGUGUGCAGCAGCUCCUGCACCACAGGGGACAUAAGAACACUUUCUAAAUGUGCGCAACAAAUAAUAAAUGUGCACUUCUUUGUUUUUA